AUAAUUCAAGAAAACAAACUUUCAGCUCUCCCUAAACAAUUAAAACUUAGAUUACUCUGUGCAUUUUUUUCUUUUUCUUUUGUAUCUCCAGUCAAGAGGCCCCUUUGUGUGUGAAAAAAAGAGAAAAUGCUGAGUCUGUUGUGCACCACUAUACUUUCCUUGACUCUGGCCAGCAGUGUUUACAGUGAGGUGACGAGCACUCCCUCCCCAGUUAAGAUUUACGCCAGCCUUGGCUCCAAUGUCACUCUACCAUGCCGGCUCUACCAUACCUCAGGCAUCAUGUCAUUUGGCAACGUCGGUAUCAGAGUCAAAUGGAGCAAAGUGUCGGAGGAUGACUCCCUGGAGGAGGACGUGAUGGUUUCAAUGGGAUUCCAUAAGAAGAGCUACGGAAGCUUCCGGGGUCGUGUCUUUCUGCAGGAGGCCGACAGCGAAGACGCCUCUUUGAUGAUCACUGACAUCUCUGCGGAUGACAUGGGGAAGUACCGCUGUGAGAUCAUCAACGGGAUGGAUGACAACAUCGUAGAGAUUACCCUUGAGAUGCAAGGCAGUGAAGGACUCAAUGGUAAAGGUGUUGUGUUCCCAUACCACCCCCGUUUGGGCCGUUACAAUCUGAAUUUCCAUGAUGCUGAGCAGGCCUGUCUGGACCAGGAUGCUGUGGUUGCCUCCUUUGAUCAGCUUUAUGAGGCCUGGAAGGAUGGCCUGGACUGGUGCAACGCCGGCUGGUUGGAUGACGGCACAGUGCAGUACCCCAUCAGAAGCCCCAGAGAGCCUUGUGGUGGCUCCGACGCUGGUGCAGGCCUCAGGAACUAUGGCGUGCGUGAUAAGUCCAUGAGCCGCUAUGACGUAUUCUGCUUCACUUCUGCAAAUGAAGGUCAGUUCUACUGGCUGGUACAGCCCGACAGGCUGACCUAUGACGAGGCUGUGCAGGCCUGUUUGGAUGACGACGCUGAGAUCGCCAAGGUGAGCCACAUGUAUGCUGCCUGGAAGCUGCAGGGUUACGACCGCUGCGAUGCUGGCUGGUUGGCUGAUGGUAGUGUCCGCUACCCCAUUUCCAGACCCCGCAAAAACUGCAGCCCCACAGAGGCCGCGGUGCGCUUUGUUGGCUUCCCAGACAAAAAGCAAAAGCUCUAUGGUGUUUACUGCUACAAGACCCAACAGUGA